UAUUUCAUGCAAUAAUUAUUAGAUCUAAUGCUUUAAACAUUUUCUUUGUCCUCAAUAUACAGAGACACUCUUAGAUUUAAAAAAUGAUGUCCUAAAAUUGCGGUCGUGUGCUAUCACAUGGGAUAGAAUAACGAAGUAAUUGAUAUGACAUUGUGUGUACCGUACUUAAUACUACUGGCCUGCCUUCCCCUUUUCACUAAUUUAUUGUGACCUAUAAAAUGUGGUGUCUGACGUGGUACUGGACACAAUUUCGCUUCUGGUCCUCCAAUAUUGCUACAUGUAUGCCUACAAGUGUUAGCUUGUGUGUGUAUGCAUUUUAUUGUUGGUGAUUUUGUUGCUAUCAUUUUAAGCGACCGUGUAAUUCUCUGGUCGACUGGGCACAGCUUUUCAGGCCUUCUACAUUUACAUGUUGCGACGAUCACAGAAGUGUCUUUCGGAUCUGAGACGAAUACAGACUGCGAUAACUUUUGACACAUUCCACGAAAAGCGACCUGCAUUAGCUCCUGACUCUCCGCUGUACAACCACUGUGCCCCCCCCCCUCCUAAAAUAAUAAUUUUUCACCAUGGCUGAGACGAAUACUGCUCUUGAUAUCUUGGAGAGUGCUCGCGCCAAAAUGGCGAAAUUGCACACUGAGACUGUUAACGGCAUGAUUCUGAUGAAGUUCCAAGGAGCGGAUAUAAAGAGCGUUGUCGACAAAAUCGGGGCCCUGGAGAUCAAUUCUGAUGACGUCAUUCUCGACGGGUAUCAGAGGAGUGGCAAUCACUGGACCUAUGAAAUUCUCAGAUUGAUUUUGGACGAAAAGGCAAAAGUUGGGGAUUCCACUUACUUUGAGAGCUGCCUGGACUUCAUGAGCACAGAAACCCUUGAGAAGGUCGUACCCACGCUGCCCUCGCCCCGCCUCCUGACCUCGCAUUACUGGCCAGAGUACCUCCCCCGGCAGGCAACAGAGAAAAGGGCACGUUUUAUUUUUCUCUUCCGAAACCCUAAAGAUGCCUGGGUAUCCUGGUACAGAUUGACGUCAUCCUACAAGAAUGAAAAUCUGGGCUUCUUCGGUUCCUGGGACGAGUUCUUUGAGCUUCAGAUGGCCGGAGAAUUUCUUUGGAGCUCAUACUUCGACUUCGUCCUGAAAACCGAGGCCUUCAUCGCUGCCCACCCAGAGCUACCUGUGCAUCUUCUGCAAUACGAAGAACUGAAAGCAGAACCAGUUCGGGUUAUCCGAGAAUUAUGCCGGUUUUUGGGACGAGACGAGAGUGUUGCAGAAGCCAUUGAGGAAGCCACUCGUUUCGACAGCAUGAAGUCUGUUCUAAAACAGGGUAAGGUGGGACAACUGGAAAAAGCCAUACUUAAGGAGAACACUGACGUCGUGCUUUACAAAGGGACUUCGGGAGGGUGGAAAGACUAUUUCAGUCCUUCUCAGAAUGAAAGGUUCCAUCGUUGUUUUAAAGAGAAAUUGGCAGGCUCAAAACUUGGUGAGAUGUUGGGAAAAAAUCUGGGGUAAAGUUGGUUGUGAAGAUGUAAACUGUUGGUUCUAUGAUUCUAAAUAAAAUCUUUGGAAUCCUUCUAUUUGCACAAUGAUACGUGAAAUAGUUGAGAGCGCCUGUAGUCUAGAGGUUAGGCCAGCAGACUCAUAAUCUUGAGGUUGCGGGUUCGGGGGUUCGAGCCUCAGGCCCCACGUUGUGUCCUUGGGAAAGGCACUUUACACGAAUUUCCCCCCAUUUCAUCCAGGUGGGAAUGGGUACCGUGCCAUAGAAAGCGAAAGAUCUUGUCUGUAGUGUAUACUAGUAUUCUAGCCCCUUUGAAAUUACAGCUUGCACUGUAUGCUUCGAAGGAAGUUGAGAUUGUUUUAGAAUAUUAUCAGGUCUGCUGAGGAAAUAGUAUUGAUUGUAAAGCGCAUAGAGAGCUUAAACUGUUGAGCUGGAAUUUGCGCUUUACAAAUACUCUCUAUUAUCAUUAAUAUUAUAGUAUAUAUGUGAUUAAUAAAGGUGCAUUACUAAUUCGAAAA